UAGACAAUAAUUCUGAUGGCAAAAGAACCAAACGGGACAGGUUAAUAUAAAAAAAAAAAUAAAUAAAAAAAAAACAUGGAGGGAGAGCUGUUCUUCAGCGUGCACUGGGUAAUGUCUUUUUAAUUAUUUUCCACCUAAAUGUGAGAGUUAUUUGUGAAAAUGUAAAUCAGCAAUGUUCCUGAAUGCUUCUUGUGUUUAAUUGGUUGCAUUUAUUGCUUGAAAUUUUUUGCAUAAAAUAUGAUAUUUUGAUGGCGAGGGGACCCAUAAAUAUUUGCGAGGAAAUCAGAGUUCCUUAAUUUGUGAACUUUUGCAGUCAACAUUUUAAACUGUUAUCAAAGCCUCAUGUGGUAGCUUCUCCAGUAAUGAUGACAGUGAAGACUCUGCCAGGUUCUUCAGUAAGUAUUCUCUAAAAGUUUGGGAUAUCGACUGGAUCAGGUCAGAAGAUAAAAUUGGUCUUUUGAAUAUACUUUAUUCAGCUGAGAGAGAGAUUGUAAGAGAUUGUUGGGUUUUUGCGCUGUUGUAUAGCAUUGUGCAAGAAGUCACGAGCUACUCCACAAGUUUUGGAUUCUUUUGCCCCCAAGUAUCUGGAUUUUGUUAUAAUUUAAGUCAUCUUGAGCAAUAGUUUUAUUUGAAGUGUCUCUGAAGGUCUUUCAAAAAACAUUUUGGACACUGGAUUCUUUACCAGGCGUGAUUGUACCGACGAGGCCAUUCUCAAAGACUUAUUAGCCAAGAACAGUGCCGUCAUCUCAUCAUGCUGUGCAGUGUGUCCUUGCAACUGGACAAAUGAAGAGCAAAAGAAGUGGCAGAAAGGCGCUGACUGCUUUGAAUCCAUCUGACUUCAGCAUGGCAGUGAUCCCAGACACACUGGCAGUGCGGUACAACCACACAAUCGGCAGCUGACGUACAAAAAGAAAUGAUGUUUGGCUCAAGACUUUGUUACAGUAGGGUGUAUACUUUUUGAAAGACUCGUACACACCGGAUCAAAAGCAAGGUGUUGGAAGUAAGUGGCUGAGGCGGGGGGCAGUUAUUGGUCCGGUUAUCUUCUAGGAGAGGGCUGGUGGGUCACAGUGUGAAAACGGUACGUCGCAGUCGUGGAAGACUGUAAAAGUUACUGUGGCUGCGCGUGGUUUCGCCUACUGCUGGCGUCACUUCCUUUUGCACGCCGAGUAAUCCUGAAUGAAGUCGCGCGCGCUCUGCCAGUUUGUGAAACAAGAUGAGAUUUUCUGUUCGUCUUUGUCCCCCACGCGACCUCCUACUCAUAUCAUGCAUAGCUGUCUGUUUUCCGUCAUCUGAUGGAGCUCUGAAGGAAGAACAUCGAGCCAUUUGCCCAGUUACAGAAAUUGAAGCACAGGAAGGUGAUGAUGUCAUCCUCCAGUUUCAUGUGGAUCCCCCUGUCAACCUGUCUGCGUUCACCAUGGAUUGGUCAAGAACCAACCCGAGUGUGGUCGUCUACUCCUAUCGACACCAACAGGAGUCACAUAACGCAGAGAUGAAUGCAACAGUCAGACGUGAAGACCUGAACAGAGGAAAUCUGACACUGUGGAUCCCCUCAGUACAGAUGUCCCACAGUGGAAAAUACACAGGCUUCGUUAUGGACCUCGGGAUCAAGUGUAGUGUUCAACUUAAUGUAACAAAAGACAAACUGAAAAAGCAAAAGGGGCAUGAUGACUUAAGCACAACUGGAGCUCCUCUCAACACGACGGUGGAGAAAGUCGGUCCACGUGGUGACAUGAUGCUGCUCAUUGGGAUUGUUCUUUCUUGCGGCAUCACUCUUCUCUUGAUGAUUGUUGUUGUUCUGGGAUUGCUUGGAAAGCUCAAGGGAUUUGUGAGACGGUGCCAAGGAGGAACCAGCCACCAAAUGAUGAUCCCACUGAAAAUUAAACCAUCUUAUGAAAUUUAGCAGAAUGCAGUGAUUAACAAAUCAUGUGCUGCCAAUAAGAGAGAGGGAACUUUAAAAAAGGGUUUUAUAUGUGUAAGGAAAACACUUAGCUGUAAAAGAGGUAUUACAUGUAAACACAAUGACUCUAGAACAAGAUGACAAAGUGAUACCAGAGGUGCAUCUCAGAUGAGUUUGAAUCUCUGUGACCUUGUCCUUAACCUCCUAAGACCCAAACUCUUUCAUGUCAUGCAUUUUUAAUUUCUCUUUGCUAUUUGGGCUGAUUGAGACCUGAUGAAUGUAAAAACAAAGGUUGUUUUUUUUUUUUGUUUGUGUUUUUUUUGUUUUUGUUUUUUUUAAACCUGAUGUAGUUUCUGAGAAGAGGAUAUCAGGCCUUGUACAGCAAAAUUUAGUAAUUGUAGUCUAGACCAGAGGUUCCCAAAGUGUGGGGCCAGCUCCCUAGGGGGGCGCGGUAUGAGAAGGGGGGAGGGGGAGGGGGGAAAGAAAAAAGGAAAAAAAAGAACGCUUGGACACUGCUAGCAUAAUGGACAGGUUUUUGACGGGGCGCCCACACAAACGCAAAGCAGAACAUGAAGCAUCGCCAAAUAUGUUUCCAAGCCAAAGACUAGAAAAUAUGGUGAAGCAUGUCUUCCCUUUGGGUUCACAUGGACAAGUGCCAAGGUAGGUUUGACGCCUCUGCCUUUCUAAAUGGAGGGACAGUAACUGCGUGUGUAUAUGUAAGCGUGUAAAACCUGCAGAUAGACAAAAUCCUGUUAAUCUGACUAUCUGCCAUUCUGCAAUUCAUCUCAUGUAAACAAUAACAUGGCGCACAGCAUGACGUGAAUACAGGCACAUACCUUUGACGUUGCAUGACAAACUGUAUUCCUCGUCCACACGUAAAGGCAAAAAAGGAGUUUUAAAAAAAUCUGUUUUCGGUGAUUCGAUACGCCGUUUACGUGUGGACGAAAGGCCCAAAACGCAUAGAAACAGCUGCAUUUUCAAAAAUACCCAUGUAGGUGUGGACGUAGCGUAAAAGAGUUUUAUUACUAACCGUAAUUUAUUGCGGUUUACUUUUAUUUGCUUAAUUGUUUACUAAAUGUUUGAGGUGUGAAAUAAACCGCAAUGGAGCAAAAUAUGGGUGUGUGUGGUUGGAGGAUGUGUUUACGUGGUGGUGGUGGGGGGCACGAACAUUUUUCUUGUAAAACAAAGGGGGGCCUAGCAAACCAAGUUUGGGAACCACUGGUUUAGACGACCCCAAAUAUGUUCACACAUGUGGGAGGUUAAGGUCAGAGGUCAAGUUUCCUGGAAACUUGACUCACAUGACCCCUAUGAUUUUCAUAUUGCUAUCACAUCUGUCUGUCCUACAUUUUGCUGCUUCCAUCAAAGUCAAAAUUAGCUAAUGUUGUUCUGAAAAUGACACUUUCUCAGUUUAAACUUUUCAAAUGUUCUGCUGUGAAUAUAAUGUGGGUUUAUUGGAUUUGCACAUACUGCUUUUUGUCAUUUAUGUAUAUAUAUUUUGUACAUUGAAACUUUGGGUGGCUGGCCUAUAGUGUGUGUGUGUGUGUGUGUGUGUGUGUGUGUGAAACGACAUUUCCUAGAGCAAUAAUGUAAAGAAAAUGUGAAUGAAUAAGUUUGUAUUUAUAAAUGUUACUUUUCAUCGCUCUGUAAAGCAUUAACAGAGAGAGAUGACUGUGUGACGAUUAAAUCAAUAAACAUGAUACUGAAGGACACAACUUGUGUUAACUGCUGAUGAAACCUCCUGAACGU